CUUUAAUGUGUCCCGAUUGGAGUCCCGGGUCAUAGCAGUCAUAUCCGGAGACAGAUCGUUAAUCUGUGUUUACCCUGCUCAUAAUUGGGCGUAAAUCACUCUCUCGGGGCUGCUGUUUAUAAGUAAUUCCCGGUGUUUGGGCUCUGAGGGAAUCCGUCGCAGCUAAACGCGCCAUGUGAAUAUUUACUGCGUGUAGGUUUGACUUGUGAUCUCGUGACAGCUGAAUGGCACCAACCGCCCCGAAACCUUUUUGUUUUGGCAGCGCUGCGAUUGGCCGAAAGUUCUGCCUGGAGCUGAUUCUCAUGACAUCUGACUGCUCGCCGCCUUCUUUGACGGUUCUUCCCAUUCUUACUUCAUACCGUCGGUUGUCCCAGUCUCCGUCAGUUUAGCUGCAUUACCUGCCACCGUCCGGGGCAGAGUUAGGUGGGAUGUAUUCCAGGGCAAGUGUGAGGGACUUCAGUUCAUCUGACGAGGACAGUCAGGAUCCGGAGGCGGCGGAGCGGACGACCGAAAAUAGCAAAACUCCUGUGACAAGCCAUCAUCCUUUCAGCGUGGAAGCAUUAAUGUCGGGCAGGAAAACUCACUGCGAGUUCAGACCGGAUCACGUAUCGGUGGUUACGUUCUCCAAGGCCCGAGAGUCGUCCAAUUUGUUCAGAGAUACGUACAGUCCACCAGAGAGCCUCGGAAAGCGCUUCACCCCACCGUCUCCGGUGAAGUCGGAAUCCUCGGAGGCAGAUGACUGCACGAGCUGGCUGGCGAACCCAACAUUUCCUACACAGACUCGUCAGAUGAGCCCCUCUUGUUCCCUGAGGAAACACAAGACCAACCGCAAGCCUCGCACACCCUUCUCCACCUCUCAGCUCCUGGCCCUGGAGAGAAAGUUCAGGCAGAAGCAGUACCUGUCCAUCGCUGAACGGGCCGAGUUCUCUUCCUCCCUAGUGCUGACGGAGACCCAGGUGAAGAUCUGGUUCCAGAACCGCCGGGCCAAGGCCAAGCGGCUGCAGGAAGCUGAGCUGGAGAAGCACAAGAUGGCCGCCAAGCCUGGGUUCCACCCCGCCUUCUCCCUGGCGCACCCUCUGGGAGGGGGGCUGCAGGCCGCCAUGUCGCUGUACGGACAGUCCUACCCCUUCCCCCUUCAUCAUCACCCCCGGCCACUCCUCCCCCUCUCCCCUCUCGCCCCCCUCAGCCUCUACUCCUCACCCCUGGGGUACAGCAUGUACCACCUCUCCUGACCCCCCCCACCUCUUGCACUCGCCCCCCCCAGACUGCAAUCACAACAACAACAGCAAUAAUGAUGAUAGCAAAAAUCAUCAUCUCAAUAAACAAAAUAAUAGUAAUGGUCAACGGACUUCCUGUCUAACCAGCUGGGGACUUCCUGUCUAACCAGAUAAGGACUUCCUAUGUCACCAUCUGAGGACUCUGCCUUAGCUGAGGACUUCCUGUCUCACCAGUUUGGAGACAUCAUGUCUCACCAGCUGAGGACUUCUUGUCUAACCAGAUGAGGACUUCCUCUGUCACCAUCUGAGGACUUUCUGCCUUAGCUGAGGACUUCCUGUCUCACCAGUUUGAGACAUCCUGUCUCAGCUGAGGACUUCCUGUCUUAGAUACACUUAACCAGGAAGCUAGAGCAAUACAGUAGGAAGCAGCUGACAGUCGACACUCAGUACUCAGGUGUGUCCGGUGCUGUUACAGGGUGUGUGUUUGGGAGAACUGAGACACUGAAACACCAAGACAUCUAGACUGAUACAAGCUCACCUCUCUCUUGGUCUCUCUUGGUCCCUCUAUGUCUCUAUCUCUCUCAGUGUCUCUCUCUGUGUCUCUCUUUCAGUGUCCUUCUCCCUGUCUCUCUCAGUGUCUCUAUCUCUAUCUAUCUCCCUCUCAAACAUCUCACAAACACAGCUGUUUGCAUCUAAAGUCUUAAAUAUACGAUCAUCAACAAAGCAGUCACUGUCAACCUGUUCAGAUUUUCACAGGUUGACUGUGACGAUAUGGUGUUGUGAAUACAUAUCAGCUAAGGCCUUCUCACACGCUCAACAUGGAGCCGUCUUCCUGUUAUGUAGCAGAUGAAAAGGUCUGUCUUGUAAUGAGAUUUAGAUUCAAGGGCUCAGUUAACAAGAUAGCUUCAGAGGUCUUCACGCCAAAGAUGUCUCCUUGUCACUUCCCUGAUGUUUUGUGGUUGUUUUAUAUCAAAUUUGAUUUUCCGCACUUCCUCAUUUAAUCUGUAUAUGCUUAUUUAUUUUAGUCUGACUUUACACUUGUAAUGCUGGAAUAUGCCAAGUCUGUAAGUGAAUCGCAAAGUGUGCUUUUGACAUAUACAGUACAUAAUCAGUCAGGUGGCUGAGCGGUAAGGGAAUUUGGCUAGUAAUCAGAAGGUUGCUGGUUCGAUUCCCCGGCGGAGAAAUGACGUUGUGUCCUUGGGCAAGGCACUUCACCCUACUUGCCUCGGGGGAAUGACCCUGUACUUACUGUAAGUCGCUCUGGAUAAGAGUGUCUGCUAAAAUGACUAAAUGUAAAUGUAAUAAUCAAAUAAGCAUUUUAUAGAAAGAAAAUAUGCAUUGCAGAUAGCUCUUUUGAAAGGAGCAUUUUUCUGCAUGUUUUGUAAGUGUCUUUUAUAAAGGGUACCCCAACCAAAGAAUUAAAUGCCUUAC